AUGUCCGCUCCGGAGGGCCAUUCCUACGAAUUAACCCAGCCUUUCCCUGAACUCGACAACGCUGCCCUUGACGAUGGUACGCCAUCUGACAGGCAAGCUGAGGCAUCAGGUCCAGCUGUAACGGAACCCGCGGAACCUGCAGCACCACCAACACCACCAACACCACCCCCAGCAGCCGCUGUAGAAGUCCAACCACUCGUCGGCGCCCGCGUAGAAGAGCCCCGAAACCGCGUACGCUUCCGCUCCUUCAGCAGCUUCCGCGAGGCAGACGACCGGCCACCGCAGCGCCCUCCCAUCAUCCGCAAUGACUCCGACUACUCCGUGCGCUCCUACCACUCCAUGAUGGGCUACGACCCUAACGACAUCUCCGCCAACGUCUCCGAGGCUUCCGCCGCCGACCUGCUCUCCCGCACACCCCCGGACUCCCGCCAGGGCUCAGAGUCCCACGAUAUCACAGUUGCCGAGCUAGGACAGCAGGCAGGCACUGCUACCGAAGUGACGCCGCCGCGCCGCGCCGCGCCAGUGUCGUCGAGUGUGCGCGAGCGGUUCCGGCACGCGGGCGAGCUGAUCCGCAGGCGCACUGAGUUGUUUGGCGAGCGGCUCGGCCGGGAUACGUUUGACGAUGGAGGUGAUCUGGGCGCGUCCUUGCUGCCGGAUGAUUUUGAUGAGGCGCUUCAGCAGCAGCAUCAUCAUCAUCAGCCCUCGCAUCGGGAUGAAGAAAAAGGCGGGCUUGAGGAGCCCGCGGCCCAGCCGCUUCCGAGUGCGGAGGCGCAUCGGCUCGUGCGCAGUGUCACCCAGAACCCUGCGCGGCGGAGGAAGCCGCGGUCGGCGUAUGCGCGGUCCGGCCAGAGUACGCCUGAGGGGGCACUGCGGCCGGAGUCGUGGUAUGGGAGUGGGAAGUUUGGGGGAGGUGGGAUUCUGGCGCAGCUGCUUCGGUUGCAGGCGGCGCAGGGGGGAUCCGGGACGUCGAGUGCGCCUGUGAGCGACGCCGAGUCGGAUACGGAGUCGCCGGUGUCUUCGGGGGCUGCGACGCCCAGGAAGGAAAAGUUGAAGUGGUAUAAGAAGUCGAGCCACCAGAAUCAGCAUUCUACAACCUCGCUGGUCGGGGCAGGGAUGAAUCUGAGUAGUACGACGCUGCCGGCGCCGCCGGAUGCGUUUUUGACCCCGAAGCGAGGGAAGAGGAAGGCGUAUAAGAAGACGAGGCUGGAGGAUGAGAUUCGAGUGACGGUGCAUAUUGCGGAGAUUCUGGCGCGCCAGCGGUAUAUCAUGCAGCUUUGUCGGGCGUUGAUGCGGUAUGGGGCUCCGACGCAUCGCAUGGAGGAGUAUAUGAAGAUGACGGCGCGGGUGCUGGAGGUGGAGGGUCAGUUUCUGUAUCUGCCUGGGUGUAUGAUCAUGUCGUUUGACGAUCCUACCACGCGUACUGCUGAAGUCAAGCUCGUUCGCGUUGUUCAGGGUGUCGACCUGGGUCGUCUCGCAGACACGCACAACGUCUACAAGAACGUCGUCCACGACCUCAUCGGCGUCGAAGAAGCAAUCUCCGAACUCGACCAGAUCAUGUCGCGCAAGCCUCGCUUUAAUAAAUGGCUUCUGGUCCCAGCCUAUGGCUUUGCGAGUGCUGCCGUUGGUCCUUUUGCCUUUGACGCUCGGCCCAUCGACAUGCCUAUCAUCUUCCUCCUGGGCGCUAUUGUCGGCCUCAUGCAGCACGUCCUGGCCCCCAGAUCGGUCCUCUACUCGAACGUCUUCGAAGUCACUGCUGCUGUCCUGACCUCUUUCCUCGCCCGCGCUUUUGGCUCUGUCCCAGGCAUCAACGGCGAACAGCAUCUCUUCUGCUUCUCUGCCCUCUCCCAGUCCUCCAUCGCCCUCAUCCUCCCCGGUUUCAUGGUCCUCUGCUCCUCUCUCGAGCUGCAAUCCCACCAGAUCAUCGCCGGCUCCAUCCGCAUGGUCUACGCAAUCAUCUACUCCCUCUUCCUCGGCUACGGCGUCACAGUCGGAACCACCAUCUACGGCCUGAUCGACGGGGCCGCAACGUCCGACAAGUCCUGCGCCAACCUCGACAUCUACGGCUCGAAAUACAUCCAGCGCUUCUGCUUCGUGCCCCUCUUCGUCGUCUUCGUCGCUAUCAUCAACCAGGCCAAAUGGAAGCAGCUGCCCGUUAUGAUCUUCAUCGCCCUCUGCGGAUACAUCACAAACUACUUCAGCACGACCAAGUUGGGUUCCAACUCCGAGGUCGCUAAUACUGUCGGCGCAUUCACGAUCGGACUGCUAGGGAACCUGUACAGUCGUGUCUGGCGCGGUCACGCAGCUGCUGCGAUUCUACCUGCUAUCUUCGUCCUUGUCCCGUCGGGGCUUGCGUCCAGUGGCUCCCUCAUCGCUGGUCUGAACUACGCCGACUCGGUGCGCGAGAACCUGAAGAACGGCACGUCCGAGAAUAUCGCGAGCCAGGACACGUCGAUUGCAAGUCUUGGUUUCGGCAUGGUGCAGAUUGCCAUUGGGAUUACGGUCGGGUUGUUUGUUUCGGCCCUGGUGGUUUAUCCGUUUGGGAAGAGGAGGAGUGGGCUUUUCAACUUCUAA